AACGAGCUUUAUAUAGUCGGACAAAGUGGUAUACACACGACUAACCAAUCAAGUAUUUUUGACUCAAUUUUCAUCUGCAAACUACGCAUGUACUGUAAUUGAUGAUUUGUGGAAAAUUUUUAAAUUUUUGCGCCUUUAAUCAUGAUUGGCUGGUUUGAAAAUAUGAUCACGCCUUUGAACCAUGUCUGUCUGUCCGUAUUUAGAGAUUCUCGCGGUUUUUUUUUCCAUAUAAAAAGCCCUGAUCAUUCGUGUUUUCGAUAUUACAAUUCUUCAAUUUUCUUCCUACAUAACUUUGUUCAAUUUUUUUUCCCCAUUGGGUUUCCCUUUAUCCUGGGUGGUUUGUUUCUUUUUUUUUUUCUUCGGUGUGGUUGGCCAAAUUUCCUUUUCCUCUUUGGGUAUUUUUUUUUGUGCAUUUUUUUUUUUACCGAUGAUCUCGAAUUUUUUUCAAUGUGUUCAAAAUCGUAAACAAAAAUCAUCGAUAACAAUUCAUCACCUUCAUCUUUUCUCUCAUCAUCACAACGAAUUUCAAUUUUCAGUUUUUUUUUCGAAAUAAACAACAGCUUCACACUCAGGAUCUCCAAGAUUUUGAAUAAAAAAAAAAAUUCAACAAAUUCUGGCUUUUUACUACUCUACACUACUACUACCCGACAAUCUUUCAAUUUCUAUUUUUGGCUUUUUUUAGUUUUUAAUCAUCAAUUUUUCAGCAUCAACAAACGAAAAAAAUCUUGACCAUGGCUCGUACAAAACAAACAGCACGUAAAUCAACCGGUGGUAAAGCACCACGUAAACAAAUGGCAACAAAAGCUGCCCGUAAAUCAGCACCAGCCACUGGUGGUGUAAAAAAACCACAUCGUUAUCGUCCUGGAACAGUUGCUCUACGUGAAAUUCGUCGUUAUCAAAAAUCCACUGAAUUACUUAUACGUAAAUUACCAUUUCAACGAUUAGUACGUGAAAUUGCGCAAGAUUUUAAAACCGAUUUACGUUUUCAAUCUACGGCUGUAAUGGCAUUACAAGAAUCAUCAGAAUCAUAUCUAGUUGGCCUGUUUGAAGAUACUAAUUUAUGUGCUAUUCAUGCAAAACGUGUUACAAUUAUGCCUAAAGAUAUUCAAUUAGCACGAAGAAUUCGUGGUGAACGUGCCUAAAAAAAUAUUUCGAGCGUUGGUCAAAAAAAAAACAUUUGGGUUGGGACAAGCAUUUCUCAUUUUGAUU